AAAGACAAAGAUCGUUUGCAACAUAAUCGCGUUCUGAUAGGUUUGACCCUCUCUAGUCUUCGUAGAAGGUGGCCAAGGUUUCCGUUACCCCGGCGUCCCUCGGGCACCGCGGAAACGAAACUCCAUCAGGCUCCGCCCCACGGUCUGCGGAGUGAGCCAAUCAGGGCACAGCCUGCGUUGACCGCGUGCCGGGUGUCAUGGCGGCCUGCAGGUACUGCUGCUCGUGCCUCCGGCUCCGGCCCCUGAGCGAUGGUCCUUUCCUUCUGCCAGGGCGGGAUCGGGCACUCACCCAGUUGCAGGUGCGAGCACUAUGGAGUAGCGCAGGGUCUCGAGCUGUGGCCGUGGACUUAGGCAACAGGAAAUUAGAAAUAUCUUCUGGAAAGCUGGCCAGAUUUGCAGAUGGCUCUGCUGUAGUACAGUCAGGUGACACUGCAGUAAUGGUCACAGCGGUCAGUAAAACAAAACCUUCCCCUUCCCAGUUUAUGCCUUUGGUGGUUGACUACAGACAAAAAGCUGCUGCAGCAGGUAGAAUUCCCACAAACUAUCUGAGAAGAGAGAUUGGUACUUCUGAUAAAGAAAUUCUUACAAGUCGAAUAAUAGAUCGUUCAAUUAGACCGCUCUUUCCAGCUGGCUACUUCUAUGAUACACAGGUUCUGUGUAAUCUGUUAGCAGUAGAUGGUGUUAAUGAGCCUGAUGUCCUAGCAAUUAAUGGCGCUUCCGUAGCCCUCUCAUUAUCAGAUAUUCCUUGGAAUGGACCUGUUGGGGCAGUACGAAUAGGAAUAAUUGAUGGAGAAUAUGUUGUUAACCCAACAAGAAAAGAAAUGUCUUCUAGUACUUUAAAUUUAGUGGUUGCUGGAGCACCUAAAAGUCAGAUUGUCAUGUUGGAAGCCUCUGCAGAGAACAUUUUACAGCAGGACUUUUGCCAUGCUAUCAAAGUGGGAGUGAAAUAUACCCAACAAAUAAUUCAGGGCAUUCAGCAGUUGGUAAAAGAAACUGGUGUUACCAAGAGGACACCUCAGAAGUUAUUUACCCCUUCGCCAGAGAUUGUGAAACAUACUCAUAAACUUGCUAUGGAGAGACUCUAUGCAGUUUUUACAGAUUACGAGCAUGACAAAGUUUCCAGAGAUGAAGCUGUUAACAAAAUAAGAUUAGAUACGGAGGAACAACUAAAAGAAAAAUUUCCAGAAGCCGAUCCAUAUGAAAUAAUAGAAUCCUUCAAUGUUGUUGCAAAGGAAGUUUUUAGAAGUAUUGUUUUGAAUGAAUACAAAAGGUGCGAUGGUCGGGAUUUGACUUCACUUAGGAAUGUAAGUUGUGAGGUAGAUAUGUUUAAAACCCUUCAUGGAUCAGCAUUAUUUCAAAGAGGACAAACACAGGUGCUUUGUACCGUUACAUUUGAUUCAUUAGAAUCUGGUAUUAAGUCAGAUCAAGUUAUAACAGCUAUAAAUGGGAUAAAAGAUAAAAAUUUCAUGCUGCACUACGAGUUUCCUCCUUAUGCAACUAAUGAAAUUGGCAAAGUCACUGGUUUAAAUAGAAGAGAACUUGGGCAUGGUGCUCUUGCUGAGAAAGCUUUGUAUCCUGUUAUUCCCAGAGAUUUUCCUUUCACCAUAAGAGUUACAUCUGAAGUCCUAGAGUCAAAUGGGUCAUCUUCUAUGGCAUCUGCAUGUGGCGGAAGUUUAGCAUUAAUGGAUUCAGGGGUUCCAAUUUCAUCUGCUGUUGCAGGCGUAGCAAUAGGAUUGGUCACCAAAACCGAUCCUGAGAAGGGUGAAAUAGAAGAUUAUCGUUUGCUGACAGAUAUUUUGGGAAUUGAAGAUUACAAUGGUGACAUGGACUUCAAAAUAGCUGGCACUAAUAAAGGAAUAACUGCAUUACAGGCUGAUAUUAAAUUACCUGGAAUACCAAUAAAAAUUGUAAUGGAGGCUAUUCAACAAGCUUCAGUGGCAAAAAAGGAGAUAUUACAGAUCAUGAACAAAACUAUUUCAAAACCUCGAGCAUCUAGAAAAGAAAAUGGACCUGUUGUAGAAACUGUUCAGGUUCCAUUAUCAAAACGAGCAAAAUUUGUUGGACCUGGUGGCUAUAACUUAAAAAAACUUCAGGCUGAAACAGGUGUAACUAUUAGUCAGGUGGAUGAAGAAACGUUUUCUGUAUUUGCACCAACACCCAGUGCUAUGCAUGAGGCAAGAGACUUCAUUACUGAAAUCUGCAAGGAUGAUCAGGAGCAGCAAUUAGAAUUUGGAGCAGUGUAUACCGCCACAAUAACUGAAAUCAGAGAUACUGGUGUAAUGGUAAAAUUAUAUCCAAAUAUGACUGCGGUACUGCUUCAUAACACACAACUUGAUCAACGAAAGAUUAAACAUCCUACUGCCCUAGGAUUAGAAGUUGGCCAAGAAAUUCAGGUGAAAUACUUUGGACGUGACCCAGCCGAUGGAAGAAUGAGGCUUUCUCGAAAAGUGCUUCAGUCGCCAGCUACAACCGUGGUCAGAACUUUGAAUGACAGAAGUAGUAUUGUAAUGGGAGAACCUAUUUCACAGUCAUCAUCUAAUUCUCAGUGAUUUUUUUUUUUUAAAGAGAAUUCUAGAAUUCUAUUUUGUCUAGAGCGAUGUGCUGUAGAGCAACAUUUUAGUAGUAUCUUCCAUUGUGUAGAUUUAUAUAUAAUAUAAAUACAUUUUAAUUAUUUGUACUAAAAUGCUCAUUUACAUGUGCCAUUUUUUUAAUUCGAGUAACCCAUAUUCAUUUAAUUGUAUUUACAUUAUAAAUCAAGAAAUAUUUAUUAUUAAAAGUAAGUCAUUUAUACAUCUUAGAAAAAAUUACAUAAUUUUGUUUUUACAAUUCUGAAAUAUAUGAAAAGCUUAGAUAGAAUAUGUCAUAUGUUAUUAUAACAGAUCUCUUCCUACAUCUUAUUUUUCUUCUUUGUAUACAGUAGUGACAGUUUACCUUCAGUCAUCCUACAGGUCACCUCUGUGCCCAACAACUUUACUUGCCUACAACGGUUCACAAACUGGAACACGCCAUAUUCAAAGCCAGUGCCUAUUUCUUCAGAACUGUUAACAGAUAUAGUGAGUUGAGGGAGCUAAUCUGAUACACUUUUGAUAAUAUAAUGCCUUUCAAAUUAGUUACCAAAUCAUAAACAGAGUGGAAUAAAUAUAAAUGAGAUUCUAACUAGGAUGAA